CUUCAGCUAGAUAUGAAGAUCAGUCACUGUACGUGUUGCUGACAGAGAAAAACAAAUGAAGACCUUUUUUCCGAUUAUUGUAUCUGUUUAUUGCAUGUCGUUUUUAUAUAAAGCUGGUUUAAAGUGGAAGGAUUCGAACUUGACAGAAGAGAGCAUUUGAAUAAUUCUUAAAUUUACAAAGCGACAGUCGCCGAACAAGGGAACUCCUUUUCGUCAUAUAAGUCUGGGAGUGAGACGUAAGCUCGUCGUUCGGAUCCAGUCGACAAAGACCGACUUCAUGAACUUCAACUGACGAUGGAGCAAAUUUCGUGCAACGAAUCAGCCUACGAAACCGACUGGAUGGAGCUAUUGUACUUUGAACUUGUGUCGUCCAUUCUCUCUUGCAUCUCCUCAGUCAUUGGAGGAUUGUUGGUGUUUCUUAUUGUCGUUAAAAACCCACAAAAAAGAUUUCAUACAUCUGUCUCAGCUCUUCUCGUCACCAUGGCAACGAGUGCUCUUUUGGUAGGGAUUACCGCUGAGCCACUUUUUAUUUAUUUCAGCGUAACAACGAUAAACACUGUUGAUGAUCAUGUACCUCAUGACGCUCCGUUCUUACAGUUUGCUAUCCUUGUAUCCUUCAUGUCAUCAAUGUUAACGCUUUUGACCCUGGUCGGAAUCACGGUCAAUCGAUAUCUCUUCGUGUCGGUUCCGGGUUGGUGCAUGGUGUGCGUCACAUUCAAUCGAACAUUACUCGCCACUGGUUUAGGAUGGAUGAUUUCAGUAAGCUAUCCUUUUCUCUACUUUAAUACCGGUUUAAGUAGAUAUUGUAUAGUCCAUUCAACAGCUGGGGUUUUCUUCAUCACACUUGCACUUGUUUAUACCUUUGUAUGGAUUUUAUCGAAGCUUGAAGCUCUACGAGAAAGAGGUCACUUAAACAUAGUCAGCCAAGAGGCCUACAUAAGUCAAAACCAUUCCUGGUUACUAGUGUUCUCUCUCGGGUGCUAUAUUCCUGCUCUGAUUAUGGUCAUAAUAGCAGAACUGUGUAGCAGUUGUACCUGUCAAGCAAAAGCCUGGCUCGCGCGGUCAAGCUUUGUCGUAGCACGACUUCAUUGUGCCAUUUUACCUGUUUUGUACAUCGCUAUCCUUACAGACUACAGAUCGGCAAUCAAGAGUAUUCUCUUUAAAUGCCGAAUCCAAGGGAAAAAAAUUCGAUUCAAUUCAAUUCAUCGGUCGGAGAGAGAAAUUAACUGCUUUGAGAUGAACGGAAAACAUUCCACAAAAAUCUAAUGCGCAUGUCAAGACAUUCAAUAGGUUGCUAUCAAUAGACGUCACUUCCGGUAAUAGCUCUUUUUUGAUGGCUUGU